ACUCCGGCACGCACGGGAGGGGGCGCGGCCGUGACUCACCCACCCCCUUCCUCCUGCCUGCCCUCCCUCCUCCCCUCCCUCCCUCCCUCUGUCCAGACGUACACCCUCCCCUGCCAUCAGCUCCACUUCUUGACUCCGGCUCCGGUUGCAGUUUGCAACCUCGGCCGCCGCCGCCGCCGCCGCCGCCAGUUCGUGGGCGGCUCAGGUGGCUGUCGCUUCCCCAUGUCCUAGUCCUGGAGUCCCCGGGCCGGAGUCGGCUGGGCUUCCUUUCACCUUCUGUGGGGAGUGAUGAAGGCGAACGGGGCUCUGCAGGUGCUGGGCUUCCUUCUCAGCCUGGCCCGGGGCUCCGACGUGGGCAGCUCGCAGGCAGUGUGUCCCGGGACUCUGAACGGGCUGAGUGUGACCGGCGAUGCGGAGAACCAAUACCAGACGCUGCACUCGCGCUAUGAGAGAUGUGAAGUGGUGAUGGGCAACCUCGAGAUUGUGCUCACAGGCCAUAAUGCCGACCUCUCCUUCCUGCAGUGGAUCCGAGAAGUGACAGGCUAUGUUCUGGUAGCCAUGAAUGAAUUCUCUGUACUACCAUUGCCCAACCUCCGAGUGGUGCGGGGGACCCAGGUCUACGAAGGGAAGUUUGCCAUCUUCGUCAUGUUGAACUACAACACCAACUCCAGCCACGCUCUGCGCCAACUCCGCUUUACUCAGCUUACUGAGAUUCUGUCAGGGGGUGUUUAUAUUGAGAAGAAUGACAAGCUGUGUCACAUGGAUACAAUCGACUGGAGGGAUAUUGUGAGAGAUCCAGAUGCUGAGAUAGUAGUGAAGGACAAUGGCAGAAACUGUCCCUCCUGUCAUGAGACCUGCAAAGGGCGAUGCUGGGGUCCUGGACCAGACAACUGCCAGACAUUGACGAAGACCAUCUGUGCCCCGCAAUGUAAUGGCCACUGCUUCGGGCCCAACCCAAACCAGUGCUGCCAUGAUGAAUGUGCAGGGGGCUGUUCUGGCCCCCAGGACACAGACUGCUUUGCCUGCCGACACUUCAAUGACAGUGGUGCUUGUGUGCCCCGGUGCCCACAGCCUCUCGUGUACAACAAGCUAACUUUCCAGUUGGAACCCAAUCCCCACACAAAGUAUCAGUAUGGAGGAGUCUGCGUAGCCAGCUGCCCCCAUAACUUUGUCGUGGAUCAGACGUCCUGUGUCAGGGCCUGUCCUCCUGACAAGAUGGAAGUAGAGAAAAACGGGCUCAAGAUCUGUGAGCCUUGUGGAGGGCUGUGCCCUAAAGCCUGUGAGGGAACUGGCUUUGGGAGUCGCCAUCAGACUGUGGACUCAAGCAACAUUGAUGGGUUUGUGAACUGCACCAAGAUCCUGGGCAACCUGGACUUCCUUAUCACCGGUCUCAAUGGAGAUCCAUGGCACAAAAUUCCUGCACUGGACCCUGAGAAACUCAAUGUCUUCCGGACAGUACGGGAGAUCACAGGUUACUUGAACAUCCAGUCCUGGCCUCCUCAUAUGCACAACUUCAGUGUUUUUUCCAACCUGACAACUAUUGGAGGCAGAAGCCUGUACAACCGGGGCUUCUCCUUGUUGAUCAUGAAGAACUUGAAUGUCACAUCUCUGGGCCUCCGAUCCCUGAAGGAAAUUAGUGCUGGGCGUAUCUACAUAAGUGCAAACCGGCAGCUCUGCUACCACCACUCUCUGAACUGGACCAGGCUGCUUCGAGGGCCUUCGGAAGAGAGACUAGACAUCAAACAUAAUCGACCCCGCAGAGAAUGCGUGGCAGAGGGCAAAGUAUGUGAUCCUCUGUGCUCCUCUGGAGGAUGCUGGGGCCCAGGUCCUGCUCAGUGCUUAUCCUGUCGAAACUACAGCCGAGAGGGUGUCUGUGUGACCCACUGCAACUUUCUGAAUGGGGAGCCUCGUGAGUUUGCCCAUGAGGGUGAAUGCUUCUCCUGUCACCCGGAAUGCCAACCCAUGGAGGGCACUACUACAUGCAAUGGCUCGGGCUCUGAUGCUUGUGCUCAGUGUGCUCAUUUUCGAGAUGGGCCCCACUGUGUGAACAGAUGCCCCUAUGGAGUUCUAGGUGCCAAGGGCCCCAUCUACAAGUACCCGGAUGCUCAGAAUGAAUGUCGGCCAUGUCAUGAGAACUGCACCCAGGGGUGUACAGGACCAGAGCUACAAGACUGUUUAGGCCAAACAGUGGUGCUGAUCAGCAAAGCCCAUCUGGCAAUGGCUUUGGUAGCAGGACUGGCAUUUAUUUCCCUGAUUCUUGGCUGCACUUUUCUCUAUUGGCGUGGGCGCCAAAUUCAAAAUAAAAGAGCUAUGAGACGGUACUUGGAGCGGGGUGAGAGCAUAGAGCCUCUGGAUCCCAGCGAGAAGGCUAACAAAGUCUUGGCCAGAAUAUUUAAAGAGACAGAGCUGAGGAAACUUAAAGUGCUUGGCUCAGGUGUCUUCGGAACUGUGCAUAAGGGGGUAUGGAUCCCUGAAGGUGAAUCCAUCAAGAUUCCAGUCUGCAUUAAAGUCAUUGAGGACAAGAGCGGACGGCAGAGUUUUCAAGCUGUGACAGAUCAUAUGCUGGCCAUCGGCAGCCUAGACCACGCUCACAUCGUAAGGCUGCUGGGCCUUUGCCCAGGGUCAUCUCUGCAGCUCGUCACUCAGUACUUGCCUUUGGGUUCCCUGCUGGAUUAUGUGAGACAACAACGGGGGGCACUGGGGCCACAGCUGCUGCUCAACUGGGGAGUACAGAUCGCCAAGGGUAUGUACUACCUUGAGGAACAUGGCAUGGUGCACAGGAACCUGGCGGCCCGGAACGUGCUGCUCAAGUCCCCCAGUCAGGUUCAGGUGGCAGAUUUUGGUGUGGCUGACUUGCUACCACCAGAUGACAAACAGUUACUAUACAGCGAGGCGAAGACUCCAAUUAAAUGGAUGGCCCUUGAGAGUAUCCACUUUGGGAAAUACACACACCAGAGUGAUGUCUGGAGCUACGGUGUGACAGUUUGGGAGUUGAUGACCUUUGGAGCAGAGCCUUAUGCAGGACUUCGAUUAGCUGAAGUACCAGACCUGCUAGAGAAGGGGGAACGGUUACCACAGCCCCAGAUCUGCACCAUUGAUGUCUACAUGGUCAUGGUCAAGUGUUGGAUGAUUGAUGAAAAUAUUCGCCCAACUUUUAAAGAACUAGCCAAUGAGUUCACCAGGAUGGCCCGGGACCCACCACGGUAUCUGGUCAUAAAGAGAGAAAGUGGGCCUGGAAUAUCCCCCGGGGCAGAGCCCCCUGCUCUGAUAAACAAAGAACUGGAGGAAGUAGAGCUGGAGCCAGAAUUGGACCUAGAUCUAGACUUGGAGGCUGAGGAGGACAGCCUGGUGACCACACUGGGCUCUGCCCUCAGCCUACCAUCUGGGACGCUUAAUCGGCCACGUGGGAGUCAGAGCCUUUUAAGUCCAUCAUCUGGAUAUAUGCCCAUGAACCAAAAUAAUCUUGGAGAGGCUUGCCUGGAAUCUUCAGCUUGUGGGGGUAAUGAACGAUAUCCUCGCCCAAUCUCUUUGCACCCAAUGCCGAGGGGACGCUUGGCAUCAGAGUCAUCAGAGGGCCAUGUGACAGGCUCCGAGGCUGAGCUCCAGGAGAAAGCAUCAAUGUGUAGGAGCCGAAGCCGGAGUCGGAGCCCGAGGCCACGUGGAGAUAGUGCCUACCAUUCCCAGCGUCACAGCCUGCUUACACCUGUCACCCCACUCUCCCCACCAGGCUUAGAGGAAGAGGAUGUCAAUGGUUAUGUCAUGCCAGAUACACACAUCAAAGGUACUUCCUCCUCCCGGGAAGGCACACUUUCUUCAGUGGGUCUCAGUUCUGUCCUGGGUACUGAAGAAGAAGAAGAAGACGAGGAGUAUGAAUACAUGAAUCGGAGGAGAAGGCGCAGUCCACCUCGUCCCCCAAGACCUGGCUCUCUUGAGGAACUGGGUUAUGAGUACAUGGAUGUAGGAUCAGAUCUCAGCGCCUCUCUGGGAAGCACACAGAGCUGCCCACUCCAUCCUGUGCCCAUCCUGCCCACUGCUGGCACAACUCCAGAUGAAGACUAUGAAUAUAUGAACCGCAGACGUGGUGGAGGUGGUCCCAGUGGGGAUUAUGCAGCCAUGGGGGCCUGCCAAGAGGCUGAACAAGGGUACGAAGAGAUGAGAGCUUUCCAGGGGCCUGAACACAGUGCCCCCCAUGUCCGUUAUGCCCGCCUCAAAACUCUACGUAGCUUAGAAGCCACUGACUCUGCCUUUGAUAACCCCGAUUACUGGCAUAGCAGGCUUUUCCCUAAGGCAAACGCCCAGAGAACAUAACUCCUAUUUCCAGAGACACUCAGGGACACUUGAUGGCAGCUAGUGCUUCUAGAGGGUACCCCUCUUCUCCCAGCUCCCUGUGCCGCCCAGGUCUCAGCCCCAUUUCUCCAGUCCUAGACAAUUCCAAUCAACCUUUGGAGGCUUUUCAACAGCUUGACCCAAAAUCUUGUGGUAUGUAGCCAGCUAUGCACUUUCUUCUCUUUCCCAACCCUAGGAAAGGAGAGACUUUCCUGUUGUGUGUGCCUUCCCAAUCCCAUUCCUCAGCUUCCUCAGGAGGACUCCCUGAAGAUAUGAAGGAUUACUUUCUAGGUCACUUUUUCUCAGACUCUUCCUCGCUGGGAUUACUCCUAUGCCUGUCUUUUGUUUCUGAUCAGACUGAGAAGGGUAAGCCUAGCUGAGGAAAGCAGAAUUUUGGUUUAUAAUUCUUAAUCCUCUAGAAAGAUUGGGAAAGCAUAAACUUUUGUGGAAUGAAGAGAGGUUAAGAGUAGAUAUUACUAUUAAUUGGACAUUUACUAUGAGCCAGGCAUUGUGCUAAACUUUACCCACAUUGUCUCAAUCGAUUAUAAUCCUUACAAUUUUGUAAGGCAGAGAACCCUAUUAUACAAAUAUAGUAGUUUCCCCCACUCCAGGUAUCCCAAAAUAUCCAUUGGGUGCCUGAAACUGGAUAGUUCUAAAACCUAUAAUUAAGGGCUUCUCAAUCUUAACUAAGCACUUAUCAUACAGUA